UGACAGCCGUCGCCCAGCCACAGGCUUGUUUUUGCUUUCUCACCCCUCUGGACAACGCAAGAGCAUAUCCCGAAGGGUUGCAGUAGGCCAUGUCAGCUGGCUGGGCCGAAGAGGAGAGAGGAGUGGAGCACUGUGGGAAAGAGUCGCACAGGGACGUGGCCAACGCCCGCGAAAGGGCUAGGAUGAGGGUGCUGAGCAAAGCCUUCUUCAGGCUGAAGACCACCCUGCCCUGGGUGCCUCCCGAUACCAAGCUGUCUAAGCUGGACACACUGCGGCUUGCCUCCAGCUACAUCUCGCAUCUCAGGCGACUGCUCCAAGACCACCCGCUGCAUGACAGCCCGCUGGAUGACGAAUUUGUCAAGUCCUCCAGUCUGACCUGGCCAUUUGGGACAACGGGACACUCUGAGGACGAGCACUCUCAUUCCAAGAGCACAAUGAGACUUUGUGGCGCAGCCUGAACACAGUACAGCCUGGCCAGAGCAUUUCAUGGUGGCAUCACAGACAAAAGACCGGUGUAAAAGCCA